AUGGCAGCAAAGGCAGUUCUGCCUAGGAGGGCAGACACCACCGAGUUGAAAGCCAUAUUUGAAAAGUAUGCCGGCGUCAAGAAGAAUGACGAGCGCUUCAUGUCACCGCAGGACUUUGUGAGCCGCUUCCUUCAUGCCCACACAGACGUCCGGCUGUCAGACGAGGCCACAAAGCUGCUGGCUGGAGUGGUGGAUCAGAAGAAAGAUGGGAUGAUCUCCUUUCAGGAGUUCGUAGCGUUCGAGUCGGUGCUGUGCGCCCCAGACUCCCUCUUCAUGGUCGCCUUCCUGCUGUUUGAUAAAGCAGGCAGUGGAAUGACCAGUUUUGAGGAUGUGAAGCAGGUCUUCAGCCAGACCACCAUCCACCAGCACAUCACCUUCAACUGGGACUGUGAGUUCAUACGUCUGCACUUUGGCACACAGAGGGACAAGCAGCUCAGCUACGGAGAGUUCACCCAGUUUCUCCUGGAGAUGCAGCUUGAACAUGCGCGGCAGGCUUUCAUCCAGCGGGACCAAGCCCACAGCGGCUCCAUCUCAGCGCUGGACUUCAGGGACAUCAUGGUCACCAUCCGGCCACACAUGCUCACAUCCUUUGUGGAGGAAUGCCUCGUGGCGGUUGCGGGUGGCAGCACAUCUCACCAGGUCAGCUUCUCGUACUUCAACGGCUUUAACUCUCUCCUCAACAACAUGGAGCUGAUGAGAAAGAUCUACAGCACUCUGGCUGGCCACCGCCGGGAUGUGGAAGUCACCAAAGAGGAGUUCAUUGUGGCAGCUCAGAGGUUCGGCCAGGUGACACCCAUGGAGGUCGACAUCCUCUUUCAGCUGGCUGACCUGUCAGAGCCCCGUGGACGUGUUGGUUUAGUGGACAUUGAGCAGAUCGCUCCGCUGGAGGAAGGCGCCCUGCCCUACAACUUGGCUGAGGUCCAGAGACAGCAGUUGGGCAGUGACGUCUCCCGCCCCGUCCACGUCCAGGUGGCAGAGUCGGCCUACAGGUUCUGCCUUGGCUCAGUGGCAGGGGCUGUGGGUGCCACAGCCGUGUACCCCAUUGAUUUGGUGAAGACACGCAUGCAGAACCAGAGGAGCAGCGGCUCCCUAGUGGGAGAGCUCAUGUACAAGAACAGCUUUGACUGCUUCAAGAAGGUGGUGCGCUACGAGGGCAUCUUCGGCCUUUACCGAGGUCUCGUACCACAGCUACUGGGUGUGGCGCCCGAGAAAGCCAUAAAGCUCACAGUGAAUGACUUUGUGCGAGGAAAGACCCGACAGAAAGACGGCACAGUCCCGCUGGCAGCUGAGAUCCUGGCCGGUGGAUGUGCCGGCGGCUCCCAGGUGAUCUUCACCAACCCUCUGGAGAUUGUAAAGAUCCGUCUGCAGGUGGCAGGAGAGAUCACCACGGGGCCGAGGGUCAGCGCCCUGUCCGUCAUCAGGGACCUCGGCUUCUUUGGACUUUACAAGGGUUCCAAGGCCUGUUUCCUGCGGGACAUCCCCUUCUCAGCCAUCUACUUCCCCUGCUACGCCCACCUCAAGGCUCACUUCACUGAGGAGGACGGAAGGAUAGGGCCAGCCAAGAUGCUCUUUGCUGGAGCGCUGGCAGGCAUGCCGGCGGCCUCUCUGGUGACCCCAGCUGACGUGAUCAAGACCAGGCUACAGGUGGCGGCACGUGCCGGUCAGACCACCUACAGCGGCCUGGUGGACUGUUUCUGGAAGAUUCUCAGAGAAGAGGGACCCCGGGCUUUCUGGAAAGGAGCUGGAGCUCGUGUGUGCAGAUCCUCGCCUCAGUUUGGAGUGACGCUGGUGACCUACGAACUCCUGCAGCGCUGGUUCUACGUCGACUUUGGAGGACAAAAGCCGGCUGGCUCAGAGCCCACCCCAAAGUCUCGGAUCAGCCUGCCGGCGCCCAACCCCGACCACAUCGGAGGCUUCAGGUUGGCCGUGGCCACGUUCGCUGGCAUCGAGAACAAGUUUGGACUCCAUCUCCCACGCUACACGGUGGCGACGGCGGCGGCCCCCCUCCGAUGUGAGCGCCCCCUGAACCUCCACGGUUAGCGGCGUAAAUGUAAAGUCAUUGUAGGAUUUUAAGUUAGCUCUUCUUAUAAUCAUAUAUAUGUAUAUUAUAUACUUGUUUUAACCUUGAUUGACUUUGUAUAGAGCUGAAUUAUAAUGUGGUUUUGUAUUAUUCACACAGGCAGCAGAAGUUUAAACACUUAUUAUUAUUAUUUCUAUCAAACACUACAAACGGUAGAGUUGCAGAUUGUUUCAGUGUCUUCUUUUUUUGUUGCUUUAUAACCAAAGUAAUUCCUCACACGAUCAUAUAGCUGGGCUAAGAAAGACUUCUGUACAUAUGAGAAAUCCAGAGACAUAUUUUCAUAUCUAUACUGCUGUUUUGGUCGUGUGCUCAUUUGAUCAUAUGCAUCCACAGGAUUGGUCACAACAUUCAGAAUGUUCACAAUGUUUGGUUUCAGGUCUAAAUGUAUGCAGAUGUGUAAAUAUCUGAGAGACAGCUGGCACCGACUGCAGGUCUGUAGUGUGUCGGGACGUAUUUUAACUUGUACAGUACAGAGAAUGUAGGAGUUACAUGUGGUGUGUAAUAACCGUGCCUUACUGUGCGUUAUGGCGGCAACAUGUGUACCGAGAGUAAAGAGAAACUUAUGUUAGUAAACUGAAUGUAUGCUGGAGUUUUUAUUUUCAAAAAGCAAGACAACAGUUCAUCAGCUAUGCUUUAAUAGUAAACACAGCAUGUUUUACAGCCAGCACUCUGCAGUACGAUUCACCUCUUGAUAAUUAACAAUUCAUUAAAGAAUAUACAGUUGUUGCCUGUACCAGACUGGAUUGAGUGUCUGACAGACACCGACA